UGCAGUAGCCGACCCGAGUUUAGGAGACCUUAAUUUACCCUGUCCCGACAAACCUGUUGGAAAAUUGUCUGAAUUUGAUAGGAAAAAAGGCCCUCUAGAGAAGCGACCGUGGAGACCGACUUAAGUUCAGAGAUUCUGCUUCCAGCACUUCACAGUGGUAUGCAAAGAAGCCUUUCCAUCCAGAUGUCCUCAGAGAUACUAUGGAUCAGUCCGGAGUUCUCCUCUGGGUAAAAGCAGAACCUUUUAUUGUGGGUGCCUUGCAAGCCCCACCUCCAUCCAAAUUCAGUCUCCACUAUCUCAGGAAGAUAUCCACCUAUGUACGAACCCGGGCUACAGAGGGAGCUUACCCACGCCUGUACUGGUCCACAUGGAGGCACAUUGCAUGUGGGAAGCUGCAGUUGGCUAAGGAUCUAGCAUGGCUUUACUUUGAAAUAUUUGAUAAUCUUUCGGUGAGGACCCCUGAAGCACGUCUGGAAUGGUCUGAGAUUUUGUCCAACUGCACAUCUGACGACGAAGUUGAAAAGCAAAGAAAUAAGCUUUCAGUAGACACCCUACAGUUUCUGCUCUUCUUAUAUAUACAACAGUUAAACAAGGUCUCCUUGAGGACAUCUUUGAUUGGAGAAGAGUGGCCUAGUCCCAGAAACAGAUCUCAGUCUCCUGACCUGACUGAAAGAUCCAGUUGUCACAAUAAGAACUGGAAUGAUUACAGUCACCAGGCUUUUGUCUAUGAUCAUCUAUCAGAUCUUCUUGAGCUGCUUUUAAGUCCAGAAGAACUCACUGCAUUGUUUCACUCAACCCGAAGCAGUCUGAUCUCUCAAGAAGCUGUUGUGGCACUCAGCUUUCUUAUCGAAGGCACAGUGAGUAGAGCCAGGAAAGUCUACCCACUUCACGAGCUUGCACUGUGGCAACCCCUGCAUACAGAAAGCGGCUUCUCCAAGAUCUCCAAGUCCUUCUCUUUCUACAAACUGGAAGCCUGGUUGAGAGCCUGUUUGACUGCGAAUCCAUUUGGUCCAUCUGCUUGCCUCAAGUCCGGAAAGAAAUUGGCUUGGGCUCCAAGAUCUGUGACAAUUGAAAAGUGCAGGAAUAGCACCUUUAUCUUGGGUCCCGUAGAAACUGCUCUUCACCUCCGUGACUGUGACAGUGUAAAAGUCAUCGCUGUUUGCCAUCGCCUAUCCAUGUCUUCUACAACAGGCUGCAUUUUCCACAUUUUGACACCUUCACGCCCACUUAUUCUUUCUGGGAAUCAGAGAGUAACUUUGGCCCCUUUUCAUACCCAUUACCCAAUGCUGGAGGAACAUAUGGCCAGGACCGGCCUUGCUACAGUGCCUAACUAUUGGGAUAACCCAGUGGUUGUGUGCAGAGAAAGCAGCGACACAGUCUUCCGGCUCUUACCACCUUGUGAAUUCUACGUAUUUAUUACUCCCUUUGAAAUGGAAGGGGACACAGCAGAGAUACCUGGGGGUCUUCCACCUGCUUAUCAGAAAGCACUAGCCCAACGAGAACAGAAGAUACAGAUCUGGCAGAAAACUGUGAAAGACGCUCAUUUGACAAAGGAACAAAGGAAGCAGUUUCAGGUACUUGUGGAGACCAAGUUUUAUGAAUGGUUGAUUAAUACAGGACAUCGUCAACAGCUGGACAGCCUUGUACCCCCUGCAGCAGGCUCCGAACAAGCAGCAGGAUAGGACUACGUCAUGUCACUGGUAGACAUUGUAAUGCAGACCACUUGAAGGGAGUUCUUUGGGGGGAAAUCUUCCAAGUGCAU